UACUCUCUGGAAAUUGAAUGCGAUUUGCAUAGAUUCGUAUCUAGCUGGGAACGUAUUCAAAGUUGAGCUAAAUUUUUUAGAUUACCACACACGAUCUAGUCGAGUUCUCGUCGCAAGCUUCUUAAAUUGUUUUUCAAUCUGCGCUUAUUGUAGAAAGGCUCUCGCGAGCACUCGUACUAUUUAUCAAGCUGAUAGUACGAGCUCUCCUGACACGCAUCAAGAGCAAAUGUUGCUCACAUUUCGAUUGCUCUCGCAUCAACUCGAGAUAGAACUGUGACGUCAUUAAUCACCUUCAGAGCGAUCCAAAUCCGUUUUAGCUGAAAACUAAAUUUCUCUCUUGUCGUUUCAUUUUCUUAGGCUUGUUUUGAUUUAUGUCUCUGCGAACAAGUGCACACAAGUGCGUGAUAUUUCGUGAUGACGAUGCAUAAAUUCAGCCAUCUGGUCACUGUAUCGUAUAUCUUUACGACACGUGACGAUUGCUAUAUUACAACACGCGAUAAGAAGGACGUUGGCGACGUGAGAUAAAGUUCAAACGAUCGAAGGAGCGAUUGCAAAAGCCACUUUCCUCGACGCUGAUGCUGUUGAAUUAUCGCCACUGAUGUUGAAAUCUCCCUCUUUCUAAAUCCACAGUUAGAAGCGUUCCGUAUAUUUAUAUCACGGCUAUUUUUCGCUCCUCAGAAAUAAAUAUAAAUAUUCAUCAGGAAAACUGUCGCGCGUUAUCCGCAAAGAUUCACUCUGGAGAGUUCGCCUUUUUCCGCGUUUCUAAAGUCAAGUACCAUCAACUUAACUGACUACAGCGCGUACUCUGAUCCUAUUUUGAUGUCAGUGUUAUCUAUCCAGUAUGAACUAAUGAUAACAUUUAGCUCGAGCUCUUGCUGAACUAUUUGUUACCAAUAAUGUUAAUAGUUGCCAGUCGGAUUUUUAUCUUUCUUCAACUAGUAUCUAAAAAAAUAUAGCGCUUAGUCAUUUGGGAUUUUAUACAUAUGUACAUCGAAUUACCACUGUGUGUAUUUAACUUAGUAAGUAGUAAGACUGGAUUGCGAGUGCUGGUGUACUAUUUUGCACGUACUAGUGUGCGUCACCAGUACGAAACGCGAAAGGACAAUCUGUAUGAGAGUCACUCGGUAACGAAGCAGCAAUUGCAAGGAGAGAUGAGCGGGCAUGCAGCUCGUUCCGGCGAAGGUGGUCAAGCUGUUCUGGAGCGCAUUCAGGUUGCUGGAAAACACGUCUCGUCGACAUUACUUACCAAAUCGAAUACACCAAUGGAAAGAGAAGAUGUGGACGUGACGGUGAAACAGAAAAAAUGUACGGGAAAGGAGAAUAUUUCGAAUACCCAGAGAGUCUGGACGAGUUUGGUGUCCGGCGCGAUAGCGGGUGCUCUGGCGAAGACGACGAUAGCACCGUUGGAUCGCACAAAGAUCAACUUCCAAAUCUCGAAGCAGCCUUACUCGGCCAGGGCGGCAGUGGACUUUAUAAUCAAAGCGAUGCACACGGAGGGUCUUCUAAGUUUGUGGCGUGGAAAUAGCGCUACCAUGAUCAGGAUCAUACCGUAUUCAGCAGUGCAAUUUACGGCACACGAACAAUGGAAAAGAAUUCUUAAUGUAAACGGUUCGGAAAGUAAAAAGCCAUGGGCGAGUUUUCUUGCGGGUUCCCUCGCGGGCGUAACGUCGCAAACGAUGACUUACCCGUUGGAUCUGAUGCGCGCGAGGAUGGCGGUGACUCUGAAAGCCGAGUAUAAGACUCUGCGACAGGUAUUCUGGCGAAUCUACAAAGACGAAGGAAUCCUGGCGUACUAUCGCGGCUUCACUGCCACGCUUCUUGGUGUCAUCCCAUACGCGGGCUGCAGCUUCUUCACAUACGACAUGCUGAGAAAUUUUCUAACCGUGCACACGGUGACUAUUCCGGGAUUCUCGACCUCGCUCAUUUGCGGCGGUAUCGCUGGAAUGGUUGGUCAGACAAGCAGCUAUCCACUGGACAUCGUGCGGCGGAGAAUGCAGACGUCGGCGAUCAAGGGACAGCACUAUCACACCAUCACGUCGACUAUCGUGAAAAUUUACACGGAGGAAGGAAUAAUGGCUUUUUACAAAGGUUUGAGCAUGAAUUGGGUAAAGGGUCCCAUUGCCGUUGGAAUCAGCUUUGCCACGCACGAUACGAUACGAGACACGCUGAGAAAGAUCAUUUCUGAAGACAAGGAAACGUAGAAUUGACAGAACGAUUAAUACUAUUACGCCUUACGACAGAUUAGAGACAGAUCAUUAAUAAUUAUAUUAUAUAUGUACAUAUUAUGUAUUAUGUAACAGAUAUUAUUUUAACAUGUUCCAAGCCGUUUUUCAGUAGUUAUCAUUUUCAGGCCACGUCUACCAAAACUUGUACACGUUUUAAUUUUACAAAUAUCUAAAAAUUAUCUACUUUUUCGCUUUUUCUCAGCUGGAAAUAUAUUUUUUAAUAAUGAAACUUGAUGCAACUUAAUGGACAUCAUAAGAGACGUACGUAAUAAUGAUACCAACAAUUAUUCUCUUGCACUUGUACGAUAUUUUAUCUACGAUAAAAAUAUCACUUGGCCUGAAAAUGAGUUUAGUGUGUACCGAAAAUGGUACACUGCGGCAGCCAACGUGUUAAAGAUUUAUUUUAGAAUUAGUUUCAGCAUGAACCUCUCCAAAAUGACUUUAUAAAAAAAGAAAGAAGACGAAAAAUCAUGCACAAAAUAUCGUUGUCUGACAAUGACAUGAAAUAUUGCAUUAGUUGUAUCAUUUGUAAUGAUUUCUAAUAAUUAUAACGAUGUGACGGGAGAAUAGCUCUGUGACUUACUUUGUGAGGGCAUUUCUCCAAAUGGCAGCAGGAGAGAUCAUUAGUACAAAUUGUUAAAUAUUAUGUACAUACUGUUAUUCCAAACGUUAUAGAGAUUGUUAAAGUUAGAGAGACAUAAUACACAUGCAUGUGCACAGACAAAACAUGUGCUCUGUUUGAUUUGGUAAUAUUAAUAAUAAUAAUAAUAGAGAAGUAUCGUUUCUCUAGCUGCCUCAAUAACCUUUACACACACACACACACACACACACACACGUGUAUAUAUAUGUGUGUGUGUGUGUGUGUAUAUAUGUGUAUAUAUAAAUAGAUAUGGUUGGAAAUAUUUAAUGUCGGAAUAUGAUUUCAAACUUGCUUUGAUCAUCUUGCGAGCUCUGUGUACGAUACAACAAGCUAAUAUACUUUGCACCCAAAGACUUUGCAUAUGUAAUCGAAAACUGCGACACUUCCAAUAUAUUUUUUACUUUAAAAAUAAAAAUACUCAAGAAAAUUCUCAAGAGAGAAAUACUGAUUUUUAUCAUCAUGUAAAAUGUUUUAUGAUCAUGUAAAAUGCAGAAAUAUUAUUAUGUGCAGUCUCAAAGAGAACGUUUGCGUUUAAAAUUGAGAGAAAUUCAAAUAAAUCUUAUUCGAUUAUCA